AUGACGAGCACCAAGCCUCUGCAGCCCCUCCCUGGACCAUCGUCCUCGUCCAGCAAAACGCUCUUCGCGCAGCAGCGGAACACACCUCUCGGCCGCUCGAUUCGCGGACAGAAAGCGCACCAGCCCUCGCGCCUCAGCCGAGCCAUUGCCGUGGAUGACGACGACCAAGACGACAAGCCUAGUGGCAGGCCCGGCACCUUUGCGAUACCCUUUGACGAUAGCGACGGCGAAGAGGAUGAGGAUGAGGACGACGAUGACGACGACGACGACGACGACGACGACGACGACCUGCAAGAACAACGAGAGACCGGCCACACUCUUAGCCCAAGGGACGUCCCUAGCUCCGGGGAUGAAGGAGAUAUGUGGCUAGACAUGCCCGAGGACACGCCCGCUGGCAAUGGCGGCUCCAUAGGCGACGAGUCGGAUCUCAUGAUGCUCGCCACGCCGGCCGCGACGGAACGCGUGCGCAAAGAGGCCGAGGACAUCUUCCGUGCGUCGGCGAUACAGUCGGGCGGGGCGCGGCGGCGCGAGUUCAGAUUUGCCGCACUGGCCAAGGACGCCUACAGCCAACUAGGCGUUGCCAGCGUCGUCGAGCCGCCACAGCUGAUCCUGAGCACCGAGGCAGCCAUUAACCGCCUGUACGACGACGGCGUGGGCGAGGCGGACGACGAGGAGAAACUCGAGGACACGCUCGCCGCGGCGGCGGGCAAGGUGGCUUCGCUCUGGAAGGGCUACGCAGAUAAUAUUCCGCGGUCCGACGAAGAGCACGCCGCCGAGAUCGGCCCCGGCCCUAACGCGACGGCCUUCGAGAAGGCGAACUACCUAGCAAACCUGGCGCUUCAGAUCCACCACACGCGCUACGACGACGGCCGGGCGGGCGGCGCCAAGGCAGAGCCGCUGCCCGAGACGCUGUUUCGCUGGCUCAACGACUACCACAACCUGUACGACGACCAGGUCGACGAAAUACUUCGCCACAGGCCCAGCCCGGCCUGCCACAGCUUGUUCUGGCAGGCUAUCUUCAUCGCCCUGCUGCGUGGAAGAGUCUCGGAUGCAGCAAAGCUGCUCCGACAGGCGGGCUGGGGCCACGUCAGGAGGACUCAACGUGGCGAGUACGCCUAUGUUGACCGGGCGCUCGAGAAUGUCCAGCGGGCUACGGAAGAGACGGUCAGAAUGCUCGAAACCUGUCCCGGCUUCGAGGAGAAGUGGGACAUUUGGAGCAGCGACUGGACUCUGUUCCGUGUUAGGGCACAGGGAGCUCUCGACCACCUACGUCGCUUUGCCGAGGGAAAAGAGGGCGACAUGGGCGAGUCUACCAUGGGGUUGUCGACACGGAGCCGCCAGUCAAUGGCGGGAUUAGCCCGACGAGCCGAGAGCCAGGUGCCGUGGGAGAUUUACGAGAACCUGAUAAUCAUCUUCGACAUUGUUCUCGGAUCUCAAGCCGCCAUCUUGGAAACGGCGCAGGACUGGUGCGAGGCUACGGUCGGUCUCUUUGGCUGGUGGGAUGAGCGGAGGACGGAGCAGGGCCCCAACUUCGGAACGGCAUCGCUGUCGCGGUCCAAGAUGCUGGUGCUGGCUUCCAACACGGGAGACUUUGACAGCUAUCUCGACAGACUGGCCCGUGCCUUUCACGCAGCCGUCGAGUCCAACUUCCACUUCAACUCGCUCAACACGAUCGAAAUCGGCAUGGCCUGCGUGUUUGAAGACAACAUCAAGGCUGUCAUUGGUCUCCUCCGCGGCUGGUCGCUCCCUGUCGCCUCGGCCGUGGCUGAGAUUGCGUCUCUGGGGAGGUGGCUGACCCCCCACCAGCCGUCGGGCAUGUUUGGCAUGGAAGACCUGACCAUUGACGACCUGGAGGUCCUGGGCGUGGAUCCAGGCGACUCGGACGAGGUCGACGGGAUCAAGGAUAACACCCUGGUCCAGUACGCUCUCGCCGUCGCCGACUAUGAGGGCCUGUCGUCGGUGCGAGAUAGGACUGGCACCGCGCGGGACGGCUGGGAACUAGCCAUUCACGUCCUGGGCCGCAUGGACUCGCCGCGGCGCUCCGAGGAAAUGGUGGGCAUGCUCAUCAAGCACCUCAUCGAAGGCCUGCAUGUGGAUUCGAGCGCUACGGUAGAUAAGAUAUGGACGCUCUUGAACGAGCUGGGCAUGAUUCCGUACGCCGAGGAGACUGUAGAAACGUAUGGAGACAUUCUCGCGCGCGACUCGCACCGCUACGGCGAGGCAAUGUGGUACUAUGCACUGGCGCACCGGCCAAACAAGGUCCGCCAGGUCAUGAACCUGCUCAUCUCGUACUCGCUCAUCCAGUCGACGGCAUACCCAGCCUCCAACGACCUCGACGACCACCUGCGCAAGCUGCUCACAGACCGCAACCAAACGCUGGAGCAGUGCGCCAAGCAGGACCUCGAGGCGGCCGAGCUCUUGGGAAAGAUGCUCAGCGGAUACGCGUCGCUGCGGCAGUUCUACAACAUUCGCGACGACAGCGAGAGCAUCAUAGCAUCGCCUACCGCGCGGCGCCAGCAGGCGGCGACCGCGCUGCUGAGCGUCGUCGCCAGCUCCGACGAUAACAUCCGGGGCGGCCUCUUCGACCAGUCGCGCGACGGCAUCGUCAGCGAGGACUUCUUGCUCGCGCUUCUGGGCGAGACGCUCGUCUUUGUCACGGACGCGGAGAGCACAAACGUUCACGACCAGGCGCACGCGCACGCCGCGGGCCUGCCUACCGUUAUCACGCUCGACCAGAUCGACACAAUCCUCAAGGCCAUCGAGGACCUCGAGGCCGUCGGGUCCCGCGUCUACGACGCCUGCGACGAGUUCCUCCAGCUCGUCCUCACCUCGGCCCCGGGAGGCCUGCUCAAGGGCUCCACCCCUGCCGACCUCCUCAAGAAGAGCACCUCGGGGGCCGGCGGCAGCUUCGUGCUUACCGGCAGCUCCCUCGUCGCCAGCCAGCUGCACCGCUCCCUCGCCGGCGGCGCUGGCCUCAAAGCCGCCGCUGCCAACGUCAAGCGCGGCUGGGACUGGCGCGCCGGGCUGCCAGCCAGGACGUCCGGGAAGGAUGUCAUGCGCCGGCUGCGGACGGGGCUCGCCAAGGACCUGGCAGGGUUGUGGCUAGCCGAGGCGGACGGCGGCGUGUGGUGA